CCGUAGCAGGGAGAGAGAAUGCGGCAGAAGGAGGGAGCAGACCGUCACUGGCCGCCGGCUGUGAGAGAAAGGAAAAGAGACAGAUUCUCACCUCUUUCUAUUUCUCUGCUCCCUUUCACGGCAUCUAUUUUAUUGCUCUGCGCCAUGCCAAUCCCUCUGUUCUGCUCUCCUCGCUGCUCCUGAUUCACUCUCCAUACCGACAGUCUUUUUCUCUGUCCUACAUCCGACUUGCGACUAUCUCUGACUCUCCUCCACCUCACCCAUGGCUACCUGACAGCGAGCGUUUUCCACUCCGCCGUCUCUCCUCCUCACUCGCUGUCUACUUUCUCUUCUCCUUCAACCCCCUCUUUACUGUCAUCUGUCCGCUUUCUCUUGGCGAGAGGAUGCCAGUGCUGGAGGGGCUUUGGGGCCCAGAUUUGAGGAUGCGGGACUCUGGUCUUGGGGUCGGGGUUGAAGUCAGGGUAUGUCCUGAAGAGACUCCCCGCUCGCCAGUUUGGGGUCCUCUCAGGAUGCCUCCAGUUACCUGUGGGGGUUUGUCUCUGGCCCUGGAGCUUCCUGCUCUCAUACGGCAGCUAAGAGCAGCCUGGCGGGCUCGCAGGGGGGGCCCGCUGGAUCCUGAGAGGAGUCCGACAAGCACUUGGGUGGCAGAAGAAGAAGAAGUAGAGGAGAUGAAACAUGACUUGGAGGAAAAGAGUCCUCAUCUGGAAGCUGAUGGCAAACUGAACACUGGUCAUGCUGGUGUGUUGCUGGUUGAGAGAAGAGGCUCCUACCCUCUGAUCGACCUGCGAAUUCUCAGAACCAGUGCCCAGCAGGGGGAGGUAGAGUCCGGCACCAGGAGAAAAGUGAAACGUCUGCUGAGUUUUCAGAGAUACUGCCACGCCUCCAGGCUGCUGAGGGGGUUGGUGCCCCACACCCCUGGGUCACUGCACCUACUGGACGACGACUACCUGGGACAAGCUGCGCACAUGCUAUCAAAAGUAGGAACAUGGAACUUUGACAUUUUCCUCUUCGACCGUCUUACAAAUGGUAACAGCCUGGUGACUCUGAUGUGCCAUCUCUUCAAUGUCUAUGGUCUCAUUCACCACUUUGAGCUGGACAUGGUCAAAUUACACAGGUUUCUUGGCAUGGUACAAGAGGACUACCACUCCCAGAACCCCUAUCACAAUGCUGUCCAUGCCGCUGAUGUCACUCAAGCCAUGUACUGCUACCUGAAGGAGCCUAAGCUGGCAGAGCAGCUGAGUCCUCUGGAUGUGUUGGGUCUGAUGGCAGCAGCCGCCCAUGAUGUGGACCAUCCUGGAGUCAACCAGCCCUUCCUCAUUAAGACCAGACACCACCUCGCGUCCCUCUACCAGAACACCUCUGUGCUGGAGAGUCACCACUGGAGGUCCACAGUGGGCAUGCUGCGAGAGUCAGGACUGCUGUCCCACCUGCCUGCAGACAUGUCGCAGGACAUCGAACAGCAGCUGGGCUCUCUCAUUCUGGCCACAGACAUCAGCAGGCAGAACGAGUUCCUGUCGACCUUCAGGGAACAUCUGGACAACCAGGACCUGGACCUCCAACUGACCUCACACAGGCACUUUAUACUGCAGAUUGCUCUAAAGUGUGCUGACGUGUGUAAUCCAUGUCGGGUUUGGGAGCUGAGCAAACAGUGGAGUGAGAGGGUCUGUGAGGAGUUCUACCGGCAGGGGGAUCUGGAAAAGAAGUUUGACUUGGAGAUAAGCCCUCUGUGUGACCAGCAGGCUGACUCUGUUCCAGCCAUUCAGAUCGGGUUCAUCUCCUACAUUGUGGAGCCUCUGUUCGAGGAGUGGCACCGCUUCACUGAGUCCAGCCUGCUCAGCCAGACCAUGAUGGGUCACCUGCACAGGAACAAGGCCCGCUGGAGCCGCCUAAGAUAUGCACGCACACAUUCAGACUCACACUCCCAUGCUGAGGAACCGGAGCCUGAAGAAGCAGAAGGAGAAGGAGGUGGACGAGAGGAUGGAGAAGACAUCCCUUAAUCUUUUUCCCAAUCUCCUAAGGUGUUAUCCUUUGUGAAUGGAGGAGAGGAGUGUUUAUCCACCUCCUUGUUUGUCCUCCAGAAUAUUUAUCUCCCACUGCCAGUUGUUCAAAGGCUCUUAAAGUGGGAGUCACUGGAUGGGAGUGGAGGAGUAAUGGCUCCCUCUGCUGGGGCGGAGGACUUUAGCCAUGCAGGAGGGGGGGGGGAAGAAGCCGGAGAGUGAUUCAUGGUUUGGCGGGUGAUCUUAGUAAAUAUAUGCCUCACUCUAUUGCUCAGUCAUAUCUGCUUCAAAGUGUCAGAGAAAAGCAGGAAAAGUAUUUAAAAGUUAUGGAAGAAGAGGGAUCAAUGAAGACAUUCUGCUGGGACAAUAAAGAAAUGUAACACAGAUUAGCGGGAUGUCGCUGGAAAGAAAACAUAGAAUAUAUGAAAAAGAAGAAUAUAUGAAACUUUACUCUAUUUGACACUUUUUUAAAGCUUUAACAAGAAUAAAAAAAAACAUACUCUAUAAGAAGCUUUCAAAUUUAAAUCUUUUGUACAGUUUGCACUUCUUUUGGACGCUCUUUCUUUCAAGAGUGUCACUUGUCUGUGUUUCUCUGAAGUGUGUUUUUAACUCUAGCACUAAGUUGGCCUGUCAAGGUUAAAGAUGUCAUCUGCUCUAACUGGCUGAACUGAACUCGUGACAAAAAGACUUCAGCUGGACGUUUUCGGACUCAGAAACACGAACGAAAGCCAUUUUUCUUUACGUUUUUUUUCAUGUUGUAAACGGUAUAAUCUGUAAAUAUUGUGUCACACAACCUCAGCACUUCAGACAGAAAAAUCUCUGCAAUGUAAUAACCUUUCUACUGGGUAAGGAUCUAGGGGAACUUAGAUCUAACACUGGUUUUUAGCAUACUAAUGGGUGCAUUUAUUUGUUUGAUAUAGCCUCAAUUUACUACAAACACACAUACACAACAAAGCCUUAACAGUUACUUAGUCCUCCUGUCUGUGAAACACCUUUUCUGAGGGUGUUGAUGCCGUUUCCUGGAUACGAUUUCUUUCACUGUCAAACUGUUCACUUACAGAUUCUACCUAUAUUCCUUCAGCUGCACCAGCAUACUGACACACACACACACACACACACACACACACACACACACACACACACACACACACACACACACACACACACAGGACUGUAGCAGUUUAUUAGAUUUUUCACCCAGUAUAGUCAGAUUGGGACUUACACCCAUUCAGGGCUGCGAAGGUGUCAACGAAUGUCUCUGACGCAUGGACUCACCUCUCGGUUACCUCUCAAAAGCGUUUUUACGACUUCCUUUUUCACACUUGUUGCGGUACUGUGUGCAAUGUAUCUCAUGUCAUGAACCGUCUUGGACCUAUUAGUAAUUGCAGACACCUCUAAAUCUUACACCUGCUGUUUAAUAUCCAGCAGUGAGUGCCAAGAUGUUUCAAAUGUUGUUUCACAAGACUUAAUGACAUCAUUCAUGUUUUCAAAUAUGUACAUUUCAUUGCCAAAAAUGGUACUUUGAUAAGCGUUUAUAUUUACAAUCACAAUAUGAAACGGAUCCAUAUGUAGCUGUUCCUGUAUAAUAUAAAAACAAAGCAUAUUAAGCAAUUUAAAUACUAGUUGGUCCAAGUGUAAGAUCAAUUCAAUUCAAAAGACUUCAUCUGUCCCCGGGGGGCAAUUUGUGUAUUUACUUCAAGCUUAUUUUCUUACGAUUUUUCUGUAAAUAUGUAUAGAUACAGUUGUGGACGGUGUAGAGAGAGGCCCAAUUCCCAUAUCUUCUGUUGAGUUAUAGAAGCAGAAUAACCUGAGCUUUAUAAUUGGCAAACAAUGAGAUUGAUUCUGUCACAAAACAGUUUAUGUUCAUAAAAACUACUAAAAGAAAAUAUGGAAACCCAAUUUAUUUGAUAAGUUUGAAAAGAAAAAAUGCAGCUGUGAUUUUAGCCUUUUCUAUGACAUGCAGGGCAAUAAAGUCACUGUCCAAGUUGUAACAGAGACGACUUAUUCCUGACUAUAGUGCUUGAAAUUAAUUAGCAAAUGACUCACAUGUUUUCACUAUAGCACUUUUAGCUUUGUUGUAACUCACUUUAUGUAAGCAGCACUAUGAUCUGGACAUGUGUUCUCUUGAAGUCACACAUUACUGCCGUAGUGUAUGCAGGAGGCCUCAGGCUGCCGUGUUUCUCUAUACCUCCUCAAAUCCGCGCCAAACAGGGUCACUGAGCCAUACUGAUCUCACCUUGAAAUGCAAACAUGUGCCCUAUGCAUUUAAUGUUUCUAUGCCAGGUAUUAUUACAGGAGUUGUUGUAUAUCAGAAUCUGUAGGACGACCAUCUUAUAUAACAAGAAGUUGGUUUAAAAAACACAUGUAUUCAUACUGUACACAUGCAUUGAUGUUGGGGUACAGUUUCCUCAAAAGAUCCACCUUUGUUUCUAAAGUAACCACCUUGUUCAAUCAACUAAUGCUCUCCUGCAGAUUUAAUAAUGUUGAACAAUAACUUCUGUUUGAAGUCACAGAGUGUGUUACUAUACGUGUGUGAGGGUUUGAGAGAUUGUUUCAAUAGUAGCAGCAAGUCAAUUUUUUGAUUAUACAGUAUGGCCUAAGUUUUUUGGGGAAAACAGACUUUUCAUCAACAGAUGGACACAGUUUUUGAACUAUUGGAGCUCCAUUCAACAACUUCUAGCGCUAGAUCGCUGAAUGAUAGCUAUGUGAAAGACUAAGGACUCUGGAGAACAAGUCAUCAUCUGCUCUUCAGUUGAAGCUUGAAUAAAGUCUUCUGUUGGUAUUUGUCACUCACCCAAUAGUGCACCUGGGUAAAGAGUGAUCACGUGAUCAGAACAAAACUGGUCUAAUCUGAUUCUGUGUUUUGAUGUUUGGACUUUAUCUAACUUCUGGACUAUACACUUAUGUUCUGACAAACCAACCUCUGAGCACUGUGAACAAUAAAAUACAUGUUUUUUUAAUGAACAUAUAAUGCAUUUAAUAUUCAAUGUGUAUCUAUAAUUGUGUUGCAAAUAACUCCAUUUAGUAAAAGGAAAAUGUAAUUUCAGAAUUUAACCACUAGAGGGCAAUUGAAGCCUUUGAAUGGCUCAGUCGUGUAUGAAAGAACCAACGCUCCUCUCCAUGCUUAAGGGGCACAUUAUUGUUGCUUCUUCCUUUUGCUGUGGUUACAGAAUAAAUACAACAUUCAA